GGUAAAGUAUUAUGAGACUAGCAUUUUUUCAAUUUCUUCUUUGGUGUGGAAUAGUUUCAAAGUCAAAACAGUUAUUCACAAGCAAUACACACAGAGAUUAUGUGCAAUAUGGUGGUCCGCUAAAACAAAGAGCUCGGAGAGACAUAUCUCCUCUUGGUACUACUUGUACCAAGGAUGUCCUUGACGAAGAUGCAAAAAAGAAAAUUAAGAAAAACCAAUUUCCAUUAAAAGAUGACAACAAUUACGAUUUACAGCUGGUUUGGCUUGGAGACAAUGCUCAAAAACUAUUUCUUCUCACAACAACAGACUUGAAUUUCUUUUUAUUCCACUCCCACGCACCCUCCAAAUUAUAUCAAAGUGAGGAUUAUGGUUUUUCAUUUGAUAACGCACAAGACAAGAUUAACAAUACAGAAAUACGCAGCUCAUAUGGUAUUAUGAAAAGUCCAUUGAACAACAAUAAGGUUAUUUUUAUAUCUUACACAUCAGCUUCGAUGGGAUUCUUUAGUUCCAUGUUUACAUCUCGGAAAGAGAAAAAUACCUUUCUCGUUAUAACAGAAAAUGGGGGUAAAACUUUCUCGACAGUUGAAAUACCGUUUGUGGUUCGAGAGAAAGAACCUUUCUUGUUCCACCCAACAGAAGAAAACACAAUUAUAGCACUGGAAAGACAGAAAAAAAUCAUGCACAUAGGUGAAGGAAAAACGGAGAAGUAUGGCUUUGCUUGGAUUUCAAAAGACUUUGGUAAAACUUGGAAAGCCAUGAUGAAGGGUUAUAUAGCUGAGACUGUUAAAUGGGGAGCUGCAAAAGGGAAAGAAGGAAAAGAAAUAUAUCUGUCAACUCAAAUAGAUUCAUCUACUCCCUUCUCAUCUUUCUUUACAAGUACAUCAAAACUUACACUUUGGAAAUCAAGUAAUGGAGGAGUUUCUUUUGAGGAGAUUGUUCAAGAAUGCUUCAACUUCGGUGUCCAAGGCGAUUUUGUAUUUGCCUCAGUUGAAUUUAAAGAUACGGAAAGUAAGGAAGAUAAAAGAAUAAUGCAUGUAUCAAAGGACAGUGGUGACACAUUUCAUCCGGUACAUGUACCAGAGAUAACAGCAGAGCGAUUUUAUGCUGUUGUUGAAAUGUACAAUGGAACAAUUUUCCUGCAUGUUGAUGAAUCCGGAGACACAGGCAAAGGCACAUUAUACAUUUCUGGUGCGGAUGGUCUUGUGUACACAAAGUCUUUAGAUAAUCACUUUUACACAAACAGUGGUUUUAAUGAUUUUGUGAAGAUUGAAUCUAUGGAAGGCGUCUAUGUAACACAAGUGUUAGCUAAAGAUUUAACAUUAACCUCUGUCAUCACAUUUAAUCGUGGAGUUACAUGGCAGCCAUUGUAUGUGCCAAAUGACUGUAAGAAUUCUAAGGAUUCCUGCUCGUUACACUUUCACAGCCAGUACAGCCAACAGAAACAUGUACCAAUGCAACCACCACUCUCCACUCCAAGUGCACCAGGAAUUGUGUUUGUUCACGGUAAUGCUGGCGAUGGUUUGGUUGGGUUGACAUCUGUUUGGUUGUCGACUAAUGGUGGAUACAACUGGACUAAGGUCGCAGAUGGUCCUCACCAUUAUGCGAUUGGUGAUCGAGGCAACCUUUUAGUGAUCAUACCAAUGCUGAAUUCUACCGGAAACGUCUUAAAAUAUUCGAUUGAUCAGGGCAGAUGUUGGAAUGAAUAUAAAUUCACUGACAGUAAUGACAAAGUGACAAUCCGAGGACUUGUCACCGAGCCACAUUCACAGGAUCGAGUUUUUAGUUUGUGGGGCUAUUUGACUGACGCGCCAAAAAAUAAGAAGGAAUGGCUUGUUAUUACGAUCAACUUUAAUAACAUGUUCUCAAAACAAUGUAGCAGUGAAGAUUUGGAAGAAUUUUAUCCACACGCUUCGAAUGGCAAAGGAGGGUGUAUUCUGGGCAAGCAGAUUGUUUAUAAACGACCUAAACUUGACGCUGUAUGCUUCCUUGGCAGAUCAUUUCAACCAUUCGCCAAAGAGAAAAUCUGCACAUGUACGGAUGAAGACAUCGAAUGUGAUUACGGAUACGAGCGACAAUCGGGUAAAUGUGCGCGAAACAAAGACAUUAAACCCAUUGAAAUUUGUAAGAACGGAAGAUUGGAAAAAGAAGGCUUUUCUAAAGGAUACCGUCGUAUUCCUGGUGAUGUUUGCUCUUCAAAGCAAGCGAUCAACGACGUGGUGAAAUUCAUUGACGAGAAAAAGACUUGUGUAACAUCCAUUGAAAAUCUGGAAGGUAUCGAAUCAAGCAGAAAAGAGGAGGAGAGAAUUGUUACAGAAAGAAAAGAAGAAAAAGAACGAGAGCAAGAAAGAAAAGCACAAGAAAAAUUGCAGAAAAAUCAAAAGGAAACUGAUGAAAAUAACUUUAGUGUAAACAGAAAAAAGAAAAAGAAGAAGUCGUCGCAUACUUUUGCUGUCAUGUUUGCGAUUAUGUUGGUGUUUGGGCUCACUUGCACUGUCAUCUUUUUUGCCAGAAGACACAUCAAACGAAGGCAGUUUAAAGGGUCAUUUGCUUUCUCGCAAUUGGAUGAACAAGAUGAUGAAAUCGAAAGUAAAGACGCGUUUGAUCCGCGACCAAAAACUCAUCGUGCAUUCAAAGAUGAGUCAGACGUGGAAGAUGAUAUCAUGUUGCCGGUCUAAUCGAGGAAGGUCAACGAGAAUAUGUUUAAUUUUAUCCUUUUUUAUGUAUAUUUUGUUCAACAAUUUUUUCCUUGUUUCGAGAGGGAGGGGCGAGUGAAACCUUUGAGGAAAGGUAGAAUUACCUGCGCUGAUUGCUUGACACAUUUCAAGAAUCAGGGAAAAAGCUAAUUGUCGGAAAGUGUUUUGUUUAAACUCUGAAACUCAAGGAUAGAUUACUCAUAGAAAUAUGGUCUGCCGAAAUUCUAAAUAUAUUUUUAUUUAAAGGAAAUAAGUUUUUUCUGUAAAAUAAAUUUUUGUGUUUAAAUCAGUUUUUUCAAACAUUAGCGAUACCAGAUCUAAUAAAGUGAGAUUGUCGUAAUUGUAGGUGUGCUCUCGAAAACUCGAAAUCACGAUUUUUGUUUUAUAAGAAUAUGCUUUUUAAGAAUAUCAGGCUGGGUUAAAAACAAUAGUGGUAUUGUUUAAAACAAGAACAAAAUAAGAAUUACCACAAGCCUGUUUAGAAUUUUGAUAUUUUUUAUAAAGAAAAGCGUGUAUUACGUUGAAAGAAAUGAGUAUUUAAAAGGUGAAGUUUUUUAAACAAAAUUUAAAAAAAGUCAAUUGGAAUAAGUGCAGCAUUUUUGAGCCUAUAAGGUGCUAGCUUCAGGAAAUUUUUUGACAUUUUUUUAUUAUUCUUAUAUGGAAGUAAACUUAAUGUUUAAGGAUGGGAUCAAUUAAUGGCGGGAGACUUUAAUUUUGUUUAUGUUUGUUCAAAAUUUAUGUUUUUGGAUGGAAUUAUUUUCUUCUGUUAACAGUAUUUAUUUAUUUUCUUCAUUAUUUAUGAUUGAUGUUUUUCAGUCACCUUUAAAGCGAUAUUUUAUUAAGAACAUGGUUUGGCUAAUUCUAUUUAAUUGUGGCAACCCACUUGAUUCCCAAUACAAAUAUCUAAUUUGCACGAACUAUGGAAGCCAACUAUUGUAUAUAUAUUUUGUUACUCUUCAACGUUUCUUCACAUACAUUGUACAAGCUUACAUUUUCAUCCAGCCCCGGGUUGUCGAGUUUGUAGUGUUAUUAUAUGAUGUGGAAAUAUUUGUAAGCACGUAUUUUUGGAUGUUGCAAUAAAAUUUGUUCAAAA